UCCCGGUAGCUUCUAGUAGGUUCCAGAAGGCGGCGCGUGCGGUUGGGAACGCGGAGAGGACGGAGUCGAUUCAACGCGGUUCCGGGCCGUGCUAUGGAGCAGGUAAAUGAGCUGAAAGAAAAGGGCAAUAAGGCCCUGAGUGCCGGCAACAUUGACGACGCACUGAAGUGCUACUCGGAAGCCAUUAAGUUGGAUCCCCAGAACCAUGUGCUCUACAGCAAUCGCUCCGCGGCCUAUGCCAAGAAGGGGGACUACCAGCGGGCUUACGAGGAUGGGUGCAAGACCGUCGACUUGAAGCCGGACUGGGGCAAGGGCUAUUCAAGAAAAGCAGCAGCUCUUGAGUUCUUAAACCGAUUUGAGGAAGCCAAGCGAACCUAUGAGGAAGGUUUAAAACACGAAGCAAGUAACCCUCAACUCAAAGAAGGUUUGCAGAACAUGGAGGCCCGGUUGGCGGAGAGGAAAUUCAUGAACCCUUUCAACAUGCCCAAUUUGUAUCAGAAGUUGGAGAAUGAUCCCAGGACAAAAGUGCUGCUCGGUGACCCUACCUACCGGGAGCUGAUAGAGCAGCUUCGAAACAAGCCGUCCGACCUGGGCACGAAACUGCAAGACCCCCGGAUUAUGACCACUCUCAGCGUCCUGCUGGGAGUGGACCUGGGCAGUAUGGAUGAGGAGGAAGAAGUUGCCACACCUCCACCUCCACCUCCCCCCAAAAAGGAGACCAAGCCAGAGCCAAUGGAAGAAGAUCUUCCAGAGAAUAAGAAACAGGCACUGAAAGAGAAGGAGCUGGGGAAUGAUGCCUACAAGAAGAAAGACUUCGACACUGCCUUGAAGCACUAUGACAAAGCCAGGGGCCUGGACCCCACCAACAUGACGUAUAUAACCAAUCAAGCAGCGGUGUAUUUCGAAAAGGGCGACUAUGGUAAAUGCCGGGAGCUUUGUGAGAAGGCCAUUGAGGUGGGGAGAGAAAACCGAGAAGACUAUCGACAGAUUGCCAAAGCUUAUGCUCGAAUUGGCAACUCCUACUUCAAAGAAGAACAGUACAAGGAUGCUGUCCAUUUCUACAACAAGUCUCUGGCUGAGCACCGAACCCCAGAUGUGCUUAAGAAAUGCCAGCAGGCAGAGAAAAUUCUGAAGGAGCAGGAGCGGCUGGCCUACAUAAACCCUGACCUGGCUUUGGAGGAGAAGAACAAGGGCAAUGAGUGUUUCCAGAAAGGGGACUAUCCCCAGGCCAUGAAGCAUUACACAGAAGCCAUCAAGCGGAACCCAAGAGAUGCCAAAUUGUACAGCAAUCGUGCCGCCUGCUACACCAAACUCCUGGAGUUUCAGCUGGCGCUCAAGGACUGUGAGGAGUGUAUCCAGCUAGAGCCAACCUUCAUCAAGGGCUACACGCGGAAAGCAGCUGCCCUGGAGGCCAUGAAGGACUACACAAAAUCCAUGGACGUGUAUCAGAAGGCGCUCGACCUGGACUCCAACUGUAAGGAGGCGGCCGAGGGCUACCAGCGCUGUAUGAUGGCCCAGUACAACCGACAUGAUAGCCCUGAGGACGUGAAGCGACGUGCCAUGGCCGACCCUGAGGUGCAGCAGAUAAUGAGUGACCCGGCCAUGCGGCUCAUUCUGGAACAGAUGCAGAAGGACCCCCAGGCACUCAGCGAACACUUAAAGAACCCUGUAAUAGCACAGAAGAUCCAGAAGCUGAUGGAUGUGGGUCUGAUCGCUAUUCGGUGAUGACUUGCUCAUCACCCCCCUUCCCUGCACCCUCAUGUGGAAAGAGGAGCUGGGACCGCAACGAGCAGCACGACCAGAAGGGGGAGAGGGGAAAAGCCACCAACCUAAAUCUAUAUUUAUACAGACCUCCGUGGAAGAAUCAGAGACUUGUACUCACAUUAUUCGUACAGCCGCUGCCUCUGGGCCUCCCAGCACACGCAUGGUCUCCGCCACCCUUGAGUUCCGAGUCCCCUUCCCCUCAGUCGCUGUCUCAGCUGCUCUCCCAUAGUCGGUUAUUUUUUAUUUGGGUCAGUGGGCACGAAUGGGGAGGGAAGGGUGCCCUCCCGGCCUCAGGUCCCACCUGUCUUCACGUUGUUAACGCCACGUCUCCAAUAAAACAAGCCAGUUGGGCGUGGUUAUAUG